CUCUUUCACUGCCUUCAAGGAGAUCCAUUCCUUAAUAUCUAUGAAAUACAUUAAAUAGACACAUAAAAUCAAGGCCAUCGAAGACUACUACUUCUGUCGAUAAUACGAGCCCCGUGAUAUGAUGACUUAUCCCGAGCUCCCAUCAUAUAUCAUAUCGGGACAUCCACUAACCACAGCUACAACUCAAGCUUUCCAAAAGACUACUGGGUUGUUUAUAUCCAAGAUAUAGAACCUCAAUAUCAACUCUGAAGCGGAAAAUCUAUAUACAGCUAUACAGGAAUAUACAAUGGCCCUCCGGCGCUCCGCACGCUUAAGCGCUGUGGCCAACAGCGUACAACCAACCAUCCAAGCAAAGAAGACUAGCAGAGCUCAGCAAACCAACGGCAUCACCAAAGCACGAAAGACUUCCACGAAAGAGAAGAAGGCCGUGGGAUUGGCUCUAGGACGGACUCUUGAGAACCCAAACCCGAGCAAAACAGCAAAAGCCGACACGGCCAAACAAGAAAAGCCCAAUAACAUUUUCGAUCCUUUACCCGCUGAUCGUAGUAUUAGCAGGCUACACUCCACACCCCCUCCCCUUGACCGUCCCGUUGAACCUCAUAGAACAAAUGCGACCCUUCUAACACCUCACGGUUCUUCACUGGUUGCCUACCCGUCCGGUACUGAGGAUGCCUCGCCUAGCAAAACCGGCCGACCACGCCCAACAGCCACGACCGGUAACCUUCUCGAGAAAGCCAUCGCGCAUUUAAUUGCUACAGACUCCCGUUUGGAACCGGUUAUAAAGCAACACCCGUGUCCGCUCUUUUCGCCAGAGGGUUUAGCAGAGGAGGUCGAUCCUUUCCGAAGUCUGGUGGUUAGCAUCAUCGGACAGCAGGUAUCAGGCGCUGCGGCGAAAUCAAUCAAAAAUAAGUUCGUGGCAUUGUUCAACAGCAAGGAUAGCAGAGAUGAUACACUAGAGGAGAACCGUUUCCCGAAACCCGAAGAGAUAAUUAAGUGUGAUAUCGCGACACUGCGGACGGCCGGUCUCUCUCAACGGAAAGCUGAAUAUAUCCAAGGAUUAUCGCAGAAAUUCGCAAGUGGCGAAUUGAGUGCCCGAAUGCUGUUGAAUGCGAGCGAUGAAGAACUACUUGAGAAGUUGACGGCUGUUCGGGGCUUGGGCAAGUGGUCGGUUGAGAUGUUUGCUUGCUUUGCGUUGAAGCGUAUAGACGUCUUCUCGACCGGUGAUCUGGGUGUGCAAAGAGGAUGCGCAGCUUUUAUAGGGAAAGAUGUGAGUAAAUUAAAGGCAAAGGGGGGCGGUAAGUUCAAGUACAUGGCAGAGAAAGAUAUGUUAGAGCUGGCUGCGAAAUUCGCUCCGUAUAGAAGUUUAUUUAUGUGGUACAUGUGGAGGGUAGAGAACGUGGAUAUCGCGGUCUUGACUACUUAGAGGAGGAAGGGUUUUGGUUUGUAGUAUAUGAUGUUGUUGGUAUAUAUUGGGCGGCCUGGUAGCGUGUACCACGAAAUUGAAACCCGCAGGUAUUCUGCUGAACGGAGUGCUUUCCCAGGCUGCUGUUGGUACUCGUCAAAUCUUCAUUAGAAGAGUAGUUGGUCGUACUCGUCAAACCAAAUGCUUAUCAGGUUAGACCC